AUUAAGCUAGGGAAAUAUAAGAUAGACCUAAUCUACUCGGAUAUAAUAGGCCUAAUACCUGUACUAGGCUAUAAUAGGAGCCGGUACCUGGUUACCUUUAUAUAUAAUUAUUCCAAGCUUAUAGCAGUUUACCUAAUUAAAGCCAAGGGUAAUAUAACGGACAGUUUUAUCUACUUUAAGAAGUACUAUAAAUAG